GGGGGGGGGGCCGGCGGUGAGCGCGGGCGAGCAUGGCCGCGCCCGGGUCGGAGAAGAGCAGCAAGAAGAAGACGGAGAAGAAGCUCGCGGCCCGCGAGGAGGCGAAGCUGCUCGCCUCCUUCAUGGGCGUCAUGAACGCCAUGCGCAAGCAGAAAACUCUUUGUGAUGUCAUUCUUAUGGUUCAAGAAAGAAAGAUCCCAGCUCACCGUGUUGUGCUUGCUUCAGCCAGUCAUUUUUUUAACUUGAUGUUUACUACAAAUAUGAUCGAAUCAAAGUCCUUUGAAGUGGAGCUAAAAGAUGCAGAGCCUGACAUUAUUGAACAGCUUGUGGAGUUUGCUUAUACUGCAAGAAUCUCAGUUAAUAGCAAUAAUGUCCAGUCUUUAUUAGAUGCAGCAAACCAGUAUCAGAUUGAACCUGUGAAAAAAAUGUGUGUGGACUUUUUAAAAGAACAAGUUGAUGCUUCCAAUUGUCUGGGCAUAAGUGUGCUAGCAGAAUGUCUAGACUGCCCGGAACUGAAAGCCACUGCAGAUGACUUCAUCCAUCAGCAUUUCACUGAGGUUUACAAGACAGAUGAGUUUCUUCAGCUUGAUGUUAAGCGUGUGACACAUCUCCUGAACCAAGAUACAUUGACAGUGAGGGCAGAAGAUCAGGUUUAUGAUGCAGCAGUCAGAUGGCUGAAGUAUGAUGAGCCAAAUCGCCAGCCCUACAUGGUUGAUAUUCUUGCUAAAGUCCGAUUUCCUCUAAUAUCAAAGAACUUCUUAAGUAAAACAGUUCAGGCUGAACCACUUAUUCAGGAUAACCCAGAAUGCCUUAAAAUGGUGAUCAGUGGGAUGCGAUACCAUCUGCUUUCCCCGGAAGACCGAGAAGAGUUAGUGGAAGGUACCCGGCCAAGAAGAAAAAAACACGAUUAUCGCAUUGCUUUGUUUGGAGGCUCUCAGCCCCAGUCCUGCAGAUAUUUUAAUCCCAAGGAUUACAGCUGGACAGACAUCCGAUGUCCCUUUGAAAAGCGCAGGGAUGCAGCUUGUGUCUUCUGGGACAACGUAGUUUAUAUUUUGGGUGGUUCCCAGCUCUUCCCUAUAAAGCGAAUGGACUGCUACAAUGUGGUGAAGGAUAGCUGGUAUUCCAAGCUAGGACCUCCAACACCUCGAGAUAGCCUUGCAGCCUGUGCUGCUGAGGGCAAAAUUUAUACAUCUGGUGGUUCAGAAGUGGGCAAUUCUGCACUGUAUUUAUUUGAAUGCUAUGACACGAGAACAGAGAGCUGGCACACAAAGCCCAGCAUGCUGACUCAGCGGUGCAGCCAUGGAAUGGUGGAGGCGAACGGCCUCAUUUAUGUAUGCGGAGGGAGCCUGGGAAACAAUGUUUCCGGAAGAGUCCUGAAUUCCUGUGAAGUUUACGACCCAGCCACAGAAACGUGGACUGAACUGUGUCCAAUGAUUGAAGCCAGAAAGAAUCAUGGGCUGGUGUUUGUAAAGGACAAGAUAUUUGCUGUGGGUGGACAAAAUAGUUUAGGUGGCCUUGAUAAUGUAGAAUAUUACGAUAUCAAGAUGAAUGAAUGGAAGAUGGUGUCUCCAAUGCCAUGGAAAGGUGUAACAGUGAAGUGUGCUGCAGUGGGAUCCAUAGUCUAUGUCCUGGCUGGUUUUCAGGGUGUUGGUCGCUUAGGGCACAUUCUUGAAUAUAACACUGAAACAGACAAGUGGAUAGCCAACUCCAAAGUCCGUGCUUUCCCAGUGACGAGUUGUUUAAUCUGUGUUGUAGACACUUGUGGGGCAAAUGAAGAAACUCUAGAGAUCUGAAGACUGUAGGAGAUGCCAAGGCAUUCUUCGAGGACUUGGGAGGUUAUUGGUCCUUCGCUUCCAUGUUUUGCUGAACCAUGUUAAAUUUAGUAACAGGAAAAAAAAAUGAGAUGCAGGCGUUCAGUUUGUGUAUACAGCAUAUUUUAUGAUGUGGAUUUUGUCAUGCCCAUUUUCUUGUCUGUUUUAAAGAGAUGGGGAUGUGUUUUGAGAAUCCACUUACCUAGGUGAUACCACAUGGCAUCUUCCUUUAAAAGGACAGUGGGUGUGGCCUUGUCAAACGGACCCAAUCCAAAUAUUUAGAAUGCCUCUAAAGCAUUUGAUGAGGAAAAAAUUUCUGGUUAAAUGACAUUUUACCAGGAUCGGUUGCAGAGACACUUCCUUUAAUGAAGGUGAGUAAAUACAGCUUGGCUCAUGACAAAGAGGAACAACAAUUUUUUUCUCCUUCACACCUACCUGCAGAAAUCUUACUGGGAUUAAACGAAGAUAUUUUCUCAGGAAAGACCAAGGACUGCUGUCUAAUAAAGAUUCUCAAUGUUUCAACAGCUCUCUAAAUCAUGAUAGCUGUCCUCUUCCAGUGAGUUUCUUCCAUCAUUUGCAUGACUGCUUAUCAGAUUUUUAAGGUGAGAGAGGCCAUACAUAGAAAUUAGAGAAACACUUUGGUGGUCUCUUCGGCAUUUUAUGGAGCUUUCACAGAAGGACUUUUUGAUUUUUUUUUUUUAUUUUUUUUUUUAAUUACACUGAGGUAGGGAAUGGUGGGACAAGUCAACGAGAAUAGUGCACUAUAAUUAGCAAGUUGGAAACUUGGAAAGAAUUUUCAAUCUAUCUUCCCAGGCAUCAGACUGUACAUACUGUGGAUGCCAAACCAUUAGCAAACAUGGGAAAAGGAAUGAAAAAAGCAAAGUCAAUACAACAGAUAUAUUGAUUUUCUUCUUGGAAAUUACUGUUUUUAAAAUGGCAUGAACCAAGUCAUUAAAGAUACUUUACAGAAGUCUUCAGAAGUCACGCAUGAUUAUUCAUCUCUGGUUUAGAAGCACAGAGUUCUGUAAAUACUUCCAGCCCACAUGAUGGUAAAUUUCUUCAUGCAGCCUCGAAGUCCAGCCUCUCCAGCUUUGGGUGUCAUUGACAUUGUGUGCCUCUUCCCAGUUCUGGAAAACUAUACAAAUGAUACCUGUCCUGCUCCCCUGCUAGUUUAUUCAUAGCUGCAUCGUAGUUUUGUCACCUCUCUUCUAACUUGCUGAUUUUUUCAGGUCUGUUUAUAUGAGACUAGUGAGUUAACUUCAAAAGUUGGUGCUUGCCUACCUCUACCUCGCUUGUGCUGUGGAUGUUUAGUCUGUUUUAGUUCUGAAGUUCCUCCAGCUUCUCCUAAGUAAAUCCUGGUUUUUCAAAGUCAGCGCUUUGUAGACUUGCUCCUCGUUUCCUUCCUCAUCCUGACAACUCUGCCUGUACAGACAGGAUUAGAUGCACUCACGGCCUCCGUUGUGGUUCCUGCAAUUCCGUUCUUUAUUCAGCAGUAAGUGAAGGGCGUGUGACUUCUGAUUUCCCUUGCCUUUUCACUUCUCCUUGCCACAAAAUGUGUCCUUGGUGUCUCCACUCCUUGAUUCCGAUUUACUGGAAUUCUGGAGGGAACUGUGUGGUUUUUUAGACUGGACAGGGUCUUUUAUCCGUUUUGCAUCCGCUUUUAAACUCGCGGCCCCCGUUGUCCUGAGCGGUGAGCAGUCCCCGCACGCCUGGGCGGCGGCAGCGCCAGGCGGACGCGCUCGCCCUUCGGCCCUGCGGGGCUGCGGCCGCCUCGGGGAGCGGCACCCCACGCUCGGGGCAGUGCCCGCGGUGCCCGGGCG